AUGGCGCUGAGCGAGGAGGCGCUGAGGAAGCAGCUGGGCAAGUAUAAAUUCAGAGACCUGACCAUAGAAGAAAUAAAAAAUGUUAACAAGACUUACCCGAACUUUGAAUUCUCCGUGAACACGUACACCUUCAAAGAUGGAUCCCAGAAAGAUCUCCUGAAUUUUAGUGGCACCAUUCCUGUGAAGUACGGUAACUCAUAUAACAUACCUGUUUGUCUGUGGAUUAUGGAUUCACAUCCCUUUGCUCCCCCCAUUUGCUUCCUGAAGCCAACUGCGAACAUGGGGAUUUCUGUGGGAAAACACGUUGAUGCUCGUGGCAGGAUUUAUUUGCCCUACCUGCAAAGUUGGAGCCAUCCUCAAUCAACUGUUAUUGGAUUAAUCAAGGAAAUGAUUGCAAAAUUCGAGGAAGAGCUCCCUUUGUAUUCACUUUCCUCAGCUGAUGCAGCCAGGCAAUCUGAACUCCUCGCAUACAUUGCAAAGAUUACAGAAGGAGAGACUGACAGGARAGCAAAGGGCAAAAUUGGUGGAGACAAAGAUGGAUGUUUCAACAAAAUUACUGUGAUAGGCGCUGGAGAUCUUGGCAUGGCCUGUGUACUAGCAAUCACAGCAAAGGGUACUGCAGACAAGGUGGUUCUUUUGGAUCUUUCUGAAGGUGCAGCAAAAGGAGGAGCCAUGGACUUGGAGAUAUUUUCUCUGCCAAAUGUAGAGAUCAGCAAAGAUUUUUCUGCUUCAGCUAAUUCAAAAGUUGUAGUACUUACAGUUAACUCUCUGGGUAAUGCUCAGACUUACCUUGAUGUCAUACAAAGCAAUGUGGAGCUGUUCAGAGGAAUUAUCCCAGCAAUUUCACACUACAGUCAGAACAGUGUUGUGCUUGUUGCUUCUCAUCCCGUUGAAAUAAUGACGUAUGUGUCAUGGAAGCUGAGUGCCUUUCCCAAAAGCAGAGUUAUUGGAGUAGGGAGCAAUCUGGAUACUGAGAGAUUUCGGUAUAUUCUCACAAACCUUUUGAAAGCUGAGGUGCUUGGAAAAGAUGCUUGGAUUGUGGGUGAACAAGGGGAAGAAAAAGUGCCUUCAUGGACCAGUCGUAAUUCAGCUGCCCAGCAAACAGUAGAUGCUCGUAACUCGAGGGAAAAGGUGGCUAACAGAGCUUUGGAAGUUCUAAAAGGAAAAGGUCAGAGAUCUUGGUCUGUUGGGCUCUCAGUUGCUGAUUUGACUGACAGUAUACUGAAAGACAAAAGAAAGGUUCAUUCUGUAUCCACCCUUGCAAAGGGAUGCUGCAAUAUAAACAGUGAAGUAUUUUUAAGUCUACCUUGUAUUCUGGGAACCCAUGGAGUGAUUGARAUGGUGAAACUAGAAGAAGAUCCCCUAGUGCUAGAGAAACUGCAGAGCAGCGCAGCAUCAAUUCAUGACCUUCUGCAGCAACUGAAACUGUAAGCACACGGGAGGUUAUGGUGUCUGCUCACAGAAGUUUGGAGGUUUGCUAUGCAGAAAGCAUUGCCAAGUGUGUAUGGAUUUCUCUAUAAAGCAAUAAUUUAAUUAUUUACUUUCAAAUUUCCUUUUCUUAAAGGUUUGAUUAAACUAUAUAUUCCAGGCUGCACUGUACGGCAGAAGAUUCUUUAAAAGUGAAAUUCUUGGUAGCCAAAAGAGGAGGGCGAUGUGCAAGAAUGCUUCACCUAAAUUUGGGUGACUUUUGUCUGUACACUUACUGUUGAUAAUUAUAGCUUCGUUCUUGGGUUAUUAUUAGCUCUUAGCCCCUCAUUAGGACUCGGAUAUUAGGCCAGCAGCUUGCCCAGUUUUUAGAAACCCUAGUGUGCAGAGGCAGCCAAAGUUGUGACUCACUUUUAAAACCCUGCCUUUUAAAACUCUGCCUAAGGGGCUUGCCUAGAAAUACAGUCAUACUGCAGCUCCCCAGGGUCUGUGCUCUGGGUCUGGAGCUCUCAUGCCCAUUACAGGCACUGUAAUGCCAGUGACCUCCCUUCUUGCUUAUUAGUAGGAAAAAGAAAUAUAAACGCUUAAUUUAUUAUCCUUCAAACUUGAAGUAUUGCAUAUGAAUUUCUGCCGUGUUUAAUGAUGUAUGGGACUUUGUUGACAUGACUUUUUCGCUCUUAUUCUGUGAGCACUUCCRGAAUAUUAAAGCACCUGUGUUCGGGGGUAUACAGGUGUAGCACUUGCACCCCCUGCAGCAUUGGGGAAGAGCUCUUCCUCAUGGGGAGGAGCUGGGAUCAGGAAUGGAAUAAAGAAGAAAACCUCACAGUUGAGAAAUGCAGAUGUAUCUGCAGCUCAGGCCUUACUCUGAAGCCAGUUGGUGUCAGUAAGCCCUGUAUCAGACUGAGGGGGUCAGGCUAACGGGGCAGGCAACAGCUUCUGCAGCCCUUAGCCAGGAGGCAAAAAAAGCAGGAUGUGCUGGCUUUAGGUUAAUCCAAAAGCACAUGGUGUGGAGUUAAAGGCUCCUUUCUGUUUUGAACUAUCCUGAUUCGUUGCACUGGUAUAAGAUUGUAUUCGUCCUGAUGAGACCUCAGCAUCAAAUUGCAGGGUACAAAACACAGCAGAAGAGAAUUGUGGACUUUGAAGAACAGCGUUCUAUAGCUAAGCUUUGAGGUCAGAUGGUUUCAUUAUUCCUGGGGCUUUCUAAGCAGAAAUAGGACUUGCAUGACAGGUAAAGACUCUUUCACUUGUGCCUUAUACCUGUAUCUUGCAAAGUCAAGCCUGGAAGUAAUGCUGGUUUUAU